GCAGUAUUAACAGAGUUUGACAAGCUUAUCCAAGAACAAAUUCUUUGGAAAUCAGCUCUUUCGGCUGAAAUAGAUGACUUACUGGUGGAGAUAGAAGACUGCUGUCAAAUAUUUGGCCGGAGAGUGGAUACCAUUAUACCGAAAGCCGCUGCAUUGAAUGUUGAACUAAAUGAUACAACACGUGACAAUCUAAGGUCCAUCCGAGACUCGUUACGAGAAGAAAUAAACCUUACUCAAACAAACGUUAAGAAAUGGUUAGCUGACCUUAAAACCUUUGUUAUAGAAUUGGAGGAUGACUAUAAAGUUCCAUCAGAAGAAAUUUUUGAAAAUGAUCUAAGUACUUCCGUAGUUCUACCGUUAAAAUGUAAAUACGAUGAAUUGGUUCAUGAUGUGGUAGGCCGACGUGACGCUUUUGAAGAGUCUGCAAUCAAACUACAUUAUUAUUGGGAUGCGCUUCAGCAUAUUCCCCAAGAUGAAAUAGAUGAAGCAUUAUUCGAUUUAUUUAGUGAUAAACAAAAUCCAAAAGAAAUUUAUGAGGCAUUACAGGCUUCUGAAAAUAAGAACAUUAAUAAUGAUGAUGAUGAUCAACAAAAAAUUUUUGAUACACAACGUGAAUAUGUAUAUUACACCAUUCAACUUCCAAAUGGAUUAAAAUUAUCUCCAGAAUGUUUAGCUGCUCUCAAAGAAAAAUUAGUAACUUUUGGAAAAGAUUAUGAAAUUCGUAAAAAUAAAAUGACUGCCAUGCAAAAAGAUAUAAAGAGCCUAUAUAAAGAAUUGAAUACUCCUUUGGAAGAAAGAAUUGAGUUGAUCGAUUCUCUUGAUGAAGAAUACUUGGAACGGAAAGCUAUCGAAGAGUAUACUUCUCAAUUGGUUGAAUUAUGGAAUAAAUGUCUUGUUCCACAAUUUGAACGGGAUGAAUUCUUUGCCAACGUACACAAACAUGUUUACGAAUUACUUGCUCAUGAAGUUGCACGCUUACAAGAACUUUAUGCUAAAUGUGCAAAUAUAUACAAACUGAUGUUAGAAAGACGUGCAUUGAUUGAGAAAAUGACAGAGUUUGAGAAAAAGGCGUCAGACCCACGUCGUCUCUUUCAAAGCUCUUUCCGUUUAUUGGAAGAAGAAAAAUGGCGAAAAUCAUGCUGGCCUAAUUUGGUCAGGAUUGAAAAACAAUUAAUUAAUGCGUGCAUCACUUACGAAGAGACUGAAAGAAAACCAUUUAUGCACGAGAGUAUGCGAUACUUGACCACUUUGCAAUCUGAGAUAUCUGAACGUAUUGUCAAUCAAAUGUUCUUUGGUUUUGAAAAGGAUGCUGCCAAAGGUCAAAGUGCCGAUCAAAAUCAGGGAAGUCUUAAACGCAAGGAUAGUCAGCUCACACUUAAAACUGCGCCGAGUCGACCCGUGUCACCAAGUGCUCUAAAUGAUCAUUCAUCGCGCAGAAACAGUCAGUUGAUACGACCUUCUCAGAGCAGGCCAGUAUCUCCCACCCGAAGAAAUUCCAGAGCACCUAGUCGACCAGUAUCUCCAACUCGGAGAAAUUCCAAAGCACCUAGUCGACCAGUAUCUCCAACUCGAAGAAAUUCCAGAGCACCCAGUCGGCCAGUAUCUCCCACUCGAAGAAAUUCCAUAGCACCUAGUCGGCCAGUAUCUCCCACUCGAAGAAAUUCCAUAGCACCUAGUCGGCCAGCAUCUCCAACUCGAAGAAAUUCCAAAGCACCUAGUCGACCAGUAUCUCCAACUCGAAGAAAUUCCAGAGCACCUAGUCGGCCAGUAUCUCCCACUCGAAGAAAUUCCAGAGCACCUAGUCGGCCAGUAUCUCCCACUCGAAGAAAUUCCAGAGCACAAGUUUCACCGUCAAAUUCUAAAGCUCCAUCGCGUGCCGGAUCUCCCGUGAGAUCAAAACGUAGUAGUUUAUACCUGUCGAGUUCAA